UUUAGUUAAAUCACAAUGGCAUACAUAAGUCUUUGCAAGAUUCCAAUCGUUCUUUGCCUUUUAUUGGCAUUAGUUGAGGGUCUUCGUCACCCCAAGACUCGUUUACAGCCUCGUAUAGUUGGUGGUGGUGUGGCCCAAGAGGGCCAAUUUCCCUACCAAGUGUCUGUAUUGGUAAAUAACCUACACCAUUGUGGAGGUACUAUCAUAUCCGAGCGUUAUGUGGUAACAGCAGCCCACUGUGUCAUCGAUGAUUAUACAAAUAAACACAUUCCCGUUUCAAAGUUAAGUGUUCGUGCUGGCAGUGUGUUGACGACCUCUGGAGGCCAACUUGUCAAAGUGGCCCAAGUGAAGACUCCUCCCGGUUAUUAUCUCUUUCAUCAUGACAUUGGUUUGGUGAAAUUGUCUGAACCCUUGGAAUUCAAUGAUAACGUAGGUCCCUUAGCCUUGGCAACUAAAAAUCCUCCAACCGGUGUUUUGGCUUCAACUUCUGGCUGGGGUCGCACUUCCACCUUUGGUCCCAUGUCACCAGUGUUGAAAUACAACACCUUAAUGUCCCUAACCAAUGCCGAUUGUAGAAAAAGAUUGGGAGAAUGGGUGUAUGACAGCGUCAUCUGCUUUGUGGGAACAUCUGGCAAUGGCAUUUGCAGAGGGGACUCUGGUGGUCCAGCUGUCUAUAAUAAUACCUUGGUGGGAGUGGUGGAUUAUUAUAAGCUUGAGUGUGGACGCAAACCUGAUGGCUUUGCUAGUGUGGCUGCAAAUCUGGAGUGGUUGAAAGCGAAUUCAAAGGAUUAGAAAGAACAGUUAUACGUUAAAACGAAUAAAGAUCUUCCUUAAAUUAGUUUUUUAUCUUUUUUUAUAGUUUAUAAUAAACAUAUAUGUUAUAUUUUAAAUAAAUUGUUU